AACAGAAAACGACGCGAUCAACUCUCUCUUUCUCUCUCGUCCCUUUCCCAAAUAUUUUUUCAAACUUGCUGGUUCGUUCGAAACUCGUGGAUGCCCUCUUAAAUCCCUCUCCCGUACACAAAUCAAUUUAUCCGACAAAUAUAUUCGGCUGAAUGUUAAAGAAGAAAAGUAGAAGUCGAAAAGAAACGGACGUGAAGAAACAUGAAAUUCUUGCUUCAGUCGGAGACGAAGAAUAAUGGCAGAGUAUUUUGGAGGAAGGGGUGAAUAAUCGGACAAAAGAGAAGAACGUGAAACGAUCAGGACGCGGAAAGAGGAACGAAGGAAGCUACGAGGACGCUUCCGCCGAUCGGAGGUGCGCAGAAGCGCCGGUGCUCGGUGUCACUCGCCGCGACGAGGGCUAACGCAGUCGUGAUUCGCGCGGCGUCCGUGUCAGUUCGCCGUUUUCCGCGAAACAUUCAAAGUACCACGUUUUACUCGAGCUCGAAACACAGCCGCACCAAUAUUCAACUGGUUUUGUGGAUUUCUUCAAAAUUUCUUUCGCAUAGUUGCAGUGUCGAAGGUUUGAGGAAGUCGGAAGUUGGAUAGUUGGAAGUUCGAAGAGAUUGGAAGCUGAAUAUCACCGGCCCGAGUGAUUUGGUUUUGAGAAAAAACAGUAACGAGGACGAGGAAGACCAAGAAAUUGUUAUACUGCUUUCUACGGAUUCUCCCAAAAACUUGUUAUGAUGACUACAAAUUAGAAAGUUUAAAGAAGUUGGAAACUGAAGAUCGAGGGUGCAAGAGCUUCGGUUUAAAGGGGAAAAAGUUUUGCAAUCGAGGAAGUCGAGGAAAUUAUUACAGUUCUAAAGUAAUAUUAUUUUGCUGUUUAUUCCGUUCCUUUUCUUUUUUUUUUCCUUUGUGAAUUUCCAUUACAUUUUUUAAGGAAGCUGAGAAGUUGAAGAUUUAAGGAAGUUGGGGACUGAAGAUCGAUAUACCUAAAAUAAAUAUUAUUCACCUGUCUUCUGCGAAUUUUUACAAAGUUUCUGCAAGGAAUCCGACCCUUUGCUUUAGACGAAAAGAUUUAUUUUAUUAUUAUGGAUUUCCCUAAAAUUUCUUAAUGGAAAUUGGAAAAUCAGUGAGCUGAAAGACUUGAAAACCGGAAGCUGAUGAUAAAACUGCGUUGGUUUAACAGGGAAAGAAUUUAAAAAGUCGAGGACGUUGAAACGAUUGAAAUAACAUCACGCAACUGUUUCCUAUGGAUUCUUUUGAAAUUUCCUAAAAGAAGAACGGUUAAAGCAAGUCCAAAGAAGCUUGAAAACCGACAAUUAAAGAAAUAACUGCUCUAGCUUAGCAGAAAAAUAGCGCCAAAGACGAGGAAGAAAACAAAUUGAAGAAAACUGAAAAUAUUCGUGAAACUAUCUUAUUCGAGUAGAAGCGGAAGUUUGGAAGUUAAGGAAGACUAAGAAGUUUCGUGUAACAACGUUCCGGAAGUUAGAAAAAUGAGAUUGACGGUGGAAGUGCUUUCAGCAGAAAGAGAAGUUUCAACAUUGAGUGAUCGACAAAGAUUCUAUCAGUGAUAAUUAGGAACUCGAAUGUUUGGAACUAAGUUUGAGUGCCUGAGAGAAAUUUAAAGUGUCGACCAUAAAUUAGGCUUCCAGAUUAAACACCUGCAACGAAAUUGAACGCUUAAAAAUAAAAAUGAAAAGUUGCAAAUAAUUAUUCACGAGCGACGACUACGUAUUUUGAAACUUAAUCUUCCUUAAAUCAAGUACAACGUACUCCGAGGACCCAACAAAAUAAAUCACACGAGUAAGUUUACCCGAGAGACCACUCCAUUCAAGAAAAACAGCUAACCAGCCUCCAACUUAGUACGAACAAAUCAUUUCCAUUCUUCCAUCGAAACUUCAAAUUCUAUUAGUAAUACAAAAACUCUGACAACUCUCAAUUUAUUCCACGAUCAACCGAAAACGACGCAACCAACCCUUCGAACGAAUUCAAACCGAUCUUGACUGCCAUUUCUAACGAAAUUGAAACUUAAAAUUGAAACUUUACGAUUUAAUAGAAAUUCCACGAUAUAUUGAAAACGAUGCAAUCAGUUCUCUGAACCACACGCAAACUAAAUUACGCUCGAUUUUAUUUCUAUUAAUAACAAAACUCUAAAUCUGCUACUGAAAACGAUGGAAUCAAGUAUCUGAACCAAAGGAAACCAAUUAGUACCAACCCACGUAAUUCUAUCAAAAAUACGCCAACGAUUCGCGUGGAAUGACCAGCCUUCAUCAUGGAUCCUACAACUACCCUGGCUCCCAAAGUUAUUUCCUCCGCUCUACAAACCUAUCUCCAAAACUUCACCGCUUUCACCAACACCACAAACACCGUCCUGCCUCUCAGAGACUCUUUAUACAUCGUAAUACCAGUGACCGUGAUUUAUCUGUCGAUCUUCAUAACCGGUACAAUCGGAAACAUCAGCACGUGCAUCGUGAUCGCACGCAACAAGUCGAUGCACACAGCCACCAACUAUUAUCUAUUCAGUCUGGCGGUGUCAGACCUGUUGCUAUUAGUCUCUGGUCUCCCAGCAGAGAUUUAUAUGGUCUGGUUCAAGUACCCGUACAUAUUCGGUGAAAUUUUCUGUGUUCUUCGUGGCCUGGCAGCGGAAACCUCCACAAACGCUUCGGUGCUGACCAUUACUGCCUUUACCGUCGAAAGAUAUUUGGCUAUUUGUCAUCCGUUCUUGUCGCAAACGAUGUCAAAGCUAACGAGAGCAGUGAAGCUGAUUCUUGUAAUUUGGUUAAUGAGUCUGUUGGUCGCAUUGCCACUGGCGUUGCAAGUCGGAGUUGUCCACCAUCACAGCAAUCCAAAGAUGGUGAUGUGUACCGUGAAGAGAGUUCUGGUCAAGCAUUCGUUCGAAUUGUCCACGUUCUUCUUCUUCGUCGUCCCGAUGGUCCUCAUUACGGUGCUGUACGCGUUGAUUGGACUGAACCUGAGGAAGUCGAAUAUGAUGAAGAGGAGCAGAGGCAGCGGCGAAAGUGGAAGCUGUAGACACCAUCCUGGAAAAUCGUCGAGGAGAGUGCUGAAGAUGCUCGUUGCCGUGGUGAUAGCGUUUUUUAUUUGUUGGGCGCCGUUUCACGUACAGCGACUGGUCGCCACACACGGGACGAACUCGGAGGACCACAUGAGCUCAAACAGCAAGUUGGACGAGUUCCUUUAUACCCUGAUGACCUACAUAUCUGGCGUACUCUAUUACGUGUCCACGUCGAUUAACCCGAUUUUAUAUAAUAUCAUGUCGAACAAAUUUCGAGUUGCGUUCAUGGAAACAUUGUCAAGGAGUUGCAGAAUCCCCGGCCUGGCGAUUCGCACGGAGCAACGAUCGUACUCGAGUCUGCCACGAUCGCAGCAGCGAGCGAUCGGCUCUAGAAACAUGGGAACAGGCGGGACCGGAAUCGUCCACGACAGCACCGACUGUUCCGGAAAUUCUGGCCAUCACAGCCUAAAGCAGAACGCUCAGCCAUUGGCUGAGCAUCUUAACGUGGAGUCGACGCGGAUCAACGUGGAUAAGAAGGACAACGAGGACAUUGGGAGACUGGAAGACUCGAAAGAGAUUAAAAACAAGGACAUCGAUUGUUGCAAAAGUUCGAGAAAAUCGAGGCCAGCCAGAUAUGCCACUGUGAAGCUUUCGAACGUGAACCAAUCUGAGAAGAAAUGGUGGCGUUUGUUAAAGUGGUUUCCCGGUUUAAAGUCCUUGAAACUCGCCGGAAGAAGCACGUACACCGUCCCGGAAAAUAGUCCUAUGAGAAGGUCAAAGCUUAGACGAGAAGAGAUCUCGAUGACUUUGUGGAACGAAACCAACGAGCAAAACACUGUUUGAGUUUUCGAAGAUGCGAUAUCGGUUUAGGUAAAAACGUUGAAAUUAUGAACGACGAAAGUGGGACAACUUGGGUCGAAAUUAGUCUUGGAUCUGUGGUUCGUGGUGAGUUCGUGAUGGUGAUGGUGCUUGAAACUUGAAAUAGAUUAACUAUCCCCGCUUAAUUAUCAAUACGAUUAUUACAAAGUGACUGAGAAUUGCGAGAUUGAACUUUGAGUAGGUGAUUGCAGGUUAGACGUAUGAAUGAAUUUUAUGGGAUGACGAGAGCGUAUGACGAUAAGCUACAAAAAUAUUUUAGCUCGCUAAGCUGAUGCUGAAAGGGAAAAUGAGACUGUGUAAGUGCAAGUAAUUGGAACCUUCUAUCUUAUUUUCUCUUCUUUUUCUUUUUUUCUGCGCGAGGAGGGGAAAAUGCACUUACGCAUACCCAGCAACCCGUGCGGCCGCUGGAUUACGUGGAACUCGGCAAAAUGGUAGCGCCUCUACCCACUGAAAACCUCUCCUUCUCCUGAUAUUGAAUAGCUACACGAGGUCCAACCCCGUAACUGCCAUAAGCAUUACGUCGGGGUUGGCCUCUUUUGUAUCUUCUCGUUUAUUUCAUGAAUAGUCAAGUAAUUGGAACCUAACCCUGGCUUGGUGUAAAUAAAGCAGACUUCGGAUCUUAGUUUUCACGUUCGGGAAUUAAGAUCAAUCUGAUCUGGUAUAACGAUCUAUAUGGUGAUAUGACCUAGGUCGAGGUAAAUUUAAUUUCGUCCUAAUCUACGUUAGAUCCGAGCGAUAAAAUCUAGCUAACUUCGAAUUGCGUCUAACUUAAUUUACAAACGAUAAAAUUUCACUUCUUUUUUUCGCACUUCGAGUAUUUGAGUUUGUAAAUCUCUAAUAAAAGAAGAAUGCUUUAAAAAUACUGUACAAUUCUACGUUGCAAAGCCAACAAAUAGUUUUCCUUAUUGAGUAUUAAAAAGAAUAAAAAACGGUACUAUAUAACGUAGAAAAUUUGAAUAAAAUUUAACAAAAAUCGCUCAUUUUAAAAAGUUUAUAAAGCAUCUCAGUUAGCUUAUCUGUGCAAACUUGUAUCAUUGUGCAUUGUAGUUCUAAAAAUCAUUAGUUUAUUUCAUCCAUUUCUGCUUGCGUUUUAAAAGAACUAUCCAACUAAAAACACAUACGCGACUCACCUUUAUUUAAAAGAAAAACUAGGUUUGCGAAAAUGAUUAAAAAAUUCAAACUAAUCGUCGAGCUAACGAGGCACAGUGUCACUGUGUUAAUUUUAACGUCAAAAAGUUGGUGCUGCUAUUGUAACGGGACGAACUCGUUAAUCCGAUCGAUUCGGAAGAAAUCACGAAUUCCACGUGGUUUACAGUAUAACUUUUGCCUCAAUAAUUGAGAAGCUUAGUCCAAAUGUUUCGAACUUCAAAAAGACUGAUCCUUUAACUAGAGUUUCUACAAGAAAUCACGUUUUCAUCGUAUUUCCCGAUGGUCGAUAAUUUACCUACAGAAACUUCUAAGCGUUCUACGAUAUCGACCCAAGAUAAAUCUCGCUUAAUUAGAAAUAGACGAUUUUCGUUAUUGUAUAAAAAACAAUUAAUCUGUAGAGAAUCGGUGAACGUUACUUAUGAUAUUACAAAUUACAAUCAUUUCCGUUUUCCUUCUUCCUUCGACUUUUUUGUCGUUAGAAAGCAUCUAGUUUUUUAUUUUGUUUCAUUUCUCUUUUUAUGGUAUCACUGAUUCUUCAAAAAGAUUUAGUAUCUACCGAAGAAAAUAAUAAACUUAAUUUUGUCUUUUAAAAAUGCAUGAACAUGUGUUGAGAGUAACGUUGUAAGUUUUAUUUGAUAAAUAUAAUAUGAUUGAUUUGGUAAAAGAGUAAUACGUUCAAAAAAUCGCAACUUCCAAGAUAUUCGCAGAAAUUAACUCUAAAAGUGAACUAUUUAAAAAUAAUAAAUAUCGUUUACUAGAAUAGAAUAAUUAUCCAAUAACAUUAUAGUAUUUAACAAGGACAGCAUCGCAGUUUAAGAUCAGACUUUAGUCCUUGUUCUAGCAGUAAACAAUACUAUUAAUCAUAUUGUAAAAAAAAAACAAAGUUUUCUUGCUAAAUAACAGAGUGAUUAAUUAUAUUCUAUUUCAAACUGUUUUCCUAAUGAUUGUGCCAAUCUUUUUGUAUCACUCUUCCAAUAACUCAACAACAUGUGCACUUACCUAUUCCGUUGUAUAAACCAAGAAUACAUAGUGUUGCGUACUUAGAAAUGAUUAAUAAAUCCAAGAAGUAUAAACAAGAAGGAAUUAUUGGAUCGUGGUCAUAAAUUGUUUUUGAAUAAUAUACGUAUCACAAAGUGCUUGUCAGAUUUGCUAUAUCCAUGAUUCAUGGCGGAUAUUUGAAAACAUAGGGAUUAAAGAUAGAGUGCGUGACUGCGAGAGAGCUGAAAAAGAGAUCUAGCAAUAGAAAGAGAAUGCUGAAUAAGGACCUCUUAUGUCUUUGUCUAAUAACCUACGCACGGUCAUACAGUAGGUAUUUAAGUGUAAUACCGAUCAACGAACAGCGUCAACGUACAAUACACAAGACGAGAACAACGACGAAAAUAAAGGAAACCUUUAUGCAGCGUUCUCUUUCUAUUCCUAUAUCGCAUUCAAUUACACAUGGCCCGCAUACUCUAUUUUUAUAUCUCGAUGGUUGAAAAGCAUGUCGAUAUUACAGGUCGAUAUAUGUAUAUAUAUAUAUAUAUAUAUAAUAAAGCUUCGUCUCUCUUUUCUAAAUCGUACAAACUCGGGAUAAGAAGUCAUUGGUGUGUUGCAAUGAAAAUUUAAAGUUUAUUAUAAAGGAAGAAAGAGAUAUUAUAGAGAGAUGUAAAAAAUUUUGAAAGUUGCACAUUGCGGGACGAAAUAAUAAAAUAUCGCAAAUAACUUCUAGAAAUUUCUACUGGUAAUGUCACUUCAUAAUCUCUUUUAUCAUAAAUACUGUUGUUUAUAAUUCUAAUAAUAUUCAAAUCGUGACUUUGAUAAGUUAAAAUUAACAUAAAUACGUAUAACGACAAUGUUCUUAAUACAACUUUUAACAAAUUUUAUUACACAUUUUUAUUUAUAACAAUAGAUGUUCAUAUUAUUCUAUAUAUCAUACAUAUAUAUAUAUAUAUAGUAAUAUUAAUACUAUCCAUAUUAAUAAUAGAUAUUUAUAUUUUAUCCUGCAAUGAUACAUAAUAAAUAAAUAAGUCUACUUAGAUCGUCAAAUAACACGUUACUAUCGAUAAAUAAAAUUUGUUAAAAUUUGGCGCGAAAAUUUAAAUUAAGCAAGCCUAUCCUAGAGACACAUUGUAUAUCUUUAUAUGUUAAUGAUCAUAGAAGAGACGUAAAUAAGAUGAGCGGCAACAGAAUAUUGUCAAUAUUGAUACCAUAGACUUCGUUAUCAUAUUGAAAUAAGCGACUCGUUUAACGGUUCCGUUUGAAUCUUAAGAAUGUGAUAUUAUUUAUUGCGUAAUUACUAUUAUAUUAGUCAUUAUAAGCUCCAAAAUAGUUAGCACCUUAGUCCAAUAUACGUGUCAUGUUUGUUUCGUUUGUAUAAGUCAAUGUAUUUUCAGUAAUAAUAUUUUGAUAAUAGUAGGA